UGAUUACACGGUAGUGUUUUGGAAAAGUCCCGAGUCUAAUAAGGGAAAAAACAAUGAGAAGCACCUAUUUUUAUUUCUCUGCACAUGGGAGUUACCCUGACUGAACAGAGCCUUUGUGGAUUUCCUGAUUUGAAGAACUAAGUAUUUCAGCACCUCCUUCCCAGCCUGGCUGAUCAUUUACAGUGCUCCGGUCUCCAUUGCCUAGAGCAGUUUCCAGUUCCAGCUGCUGGAUUAAGGAUCAUGGAGCACAUGAUGGAAGAAUGCUAUGAACUUGAUCUCACCUAUAUAACUGAGCGCAUCAUUUCAGUUUCUUUUCCAAGAAGUUCCUCAGAAGAAACCUACAUCCACAACCUACACGAUGUUACCCGCAUGCUGAAAUCAAAACAUGGAGACAGUUAUUUGGUUUUGAAUCUGUCAGAAAAAAGAUGCGAACUUUCCAAACUUAACACAGAGGUCAUGGAUGUGGGUUGGCCAGACUUCCAUGCUCCCCCGCUAAAUAAGAUGUGCACCAUCUGUAAGGCUAUGGAGUCUUGGUUGAACAGCGACCCUUUACAUGUGGUUGUAAUUCACUGCAGAGGUGAAAGGGGAAGAAUAGGAGUUGUCAUAUCCUCAUAUAUGCAUUUUACCAAUAUUUCUGCAAGUGCUGACCAAGCUCUUGAUCGUUUUGCGAUGAAGAAAUUUAUUGAUGAUAAAGUAUCAGUAUUAAUUCAACCAUCCCAAAAAAGGUAUGUUAAUUUUCUGAAUGAACUUCUAUCUGGAUUGGAAAAAAUGAAUGUGACUCCUCUCUUCUUGCAUUCAGUUAUUCUCCAUGGCAUUCCAAAUUGUGAUUCAGCGAACUGGUGCCGAUUCUUCCUAAAGAUCUACAUUGCUAUGCAACCUGUAUAUACAUCAGGAAUUUACAAUGUUGGUCCAGGAAACCAGGGUAAAGUCUCUAUUGAAAUUGAACCAGCCCAGCUUAUCAAGGGAGAUAUUAUGCUCAAGUGUUUUCAUCGGUCUGUCACUCGAGAUCUGAUUUUCAGACUACAGUUUCAUACUGGGGCUAUUCAAAGCCAUCGGGUGAUAUUCUGCAAAGAGGACCUGGAUCAUGCAAAUAUAGAUGACAGAUUCCCUGAAUACGGGAGAGUAGAACUAGUAUUUUCAGGAAGUCCUGAAAAAAUUCAAGAAAACAUUCCUUACAACCAGGGAGUAACAAUUGACUACAAUACCUCUGAUCCUCUAAUACGAUGGGAUUCAUAUGAAGAUGCAAGCAUUAUCAGUGAAGCCUUCCCACAAAGCCAGGGGCCUUGUUAUGGUAGUUUGUAUGCCAAGGUGAGAAAGAAGAGCACAUCAAAUGGAAUUAAUACAGUUACUGGAUCUGGUUUUCCUGUGACCAGGAGCCCUGACCACAGUGAACACUCUUUGUCUAUAAGCAGUGAUUCAGGUCAUUCUACUGCUUCUAUAAAGAACAGAGUAACAGUGGAAAAAUCUGGAUCCAUAAUCAAAAGAGGUUUAAGCCUCCAAGAAAAGGCAGAAUUGGAUCAACUACUCAGUGGUUUUGGAGUUGAAAACACAAUGUGUUCAUUAAAAGACAUAACUGAAGACCAAAGCCACUAUGGUGACAUUGAGCGAAUGAUCCCAGCACAGAUUUAUGUGAACGGAGAUGCCAAACUUAAAGAUAGAGAAACAGACAUUCUAGAUGACGAAAUGACAAAUAAUGAUUUGAAUAGUGUGGGCAGUCUAGGUACGUUAUCCUCAUCUGAGUGUCAACAUUUUAAUAAUAUUGGAAAUUUCAGCUGCCAUGAAAGUAGUCAGAAUUCUUUGUUGUCUGAUGGUUUUAGCAACAAAAUUAGUGAGGAUCACCAUGACACGUUAGCAUUGGAUUUUGGUGUCGCUGUAGAUUCUAUGUAUGAAAGACCAUUUACUGCCAGACAACUAAAACCAGUUUAUCUACCACCUACCCAGGCCCCUGCCUAUGCACAAAGUAACUACUCUACUCAGACUUGGGUACGUCAACAACAAAUGGUUAGUUCACAUCAGUAUGGUUAUUCUGCUGAUAAUGAACUGAGGUAUGGAAUGCAUUGUUCUUUAGAGACUUCUAACAUGGCAGAUACACCAAAAGCCCCUUUGAUGCAAAAUAAAGGAUUCCCAUGUGGAGACAAUAUAACCGGUACUUUGGAAACCGAUUUAUCAGACUCCGUUGAAGACCCAAUUUUGCAGAGUAUUGGAAAUAGAGUGCUGGAGAAGGAAACCAUAAACCAACCAGUGAUGAAAAACGAUGUCCCUUCUUCUCCUACAUUGGAUAUUGACCAGUCAAUUGAACAGCUGAAUAAAUUAAUCUUGGAGCUGGAUCCAACAUUUCAGCCCAUUCCAACAAGGAUAAAUACAAGUUCUACAGUUGAAAGUUCCCUAAAUAAUAUUUUAGGUGGUGAUCUUGAGAAAGAAAGUAUGCUCCUGAACACUCCUUCUGAAUCGCAGGGAGUCGGUGACAGUGGUCAAGAAGGCUCCAAGAAAAGCAGUGCAUCACUGGCAGCUGCCAGAAAACUAAGUUUUGGUCAGUAUGACAAUGAUAAUGCAGAUUCCCUGCAAUACUGCAGUUAUAUCUGGAAGACGUCCUCUGACCAGGAUCCCUCUCCAAAAACCUUGCCCCUUACUGGACAUUCAAAAGAGAGGCGCAUUCUUCGUUACCAGGAACGAUUUGAUGAAGUCGAUAAUAUCUUCUCAGGGAGUUCUCAAGCAGCUGAGACUGUUCCUUCAACACCUUCUUUUCCAGUUUCACCGGAGACACCAUAUGUAAGAAGUCAUAUAAAUUAUUCUCAGCUCUGUGAAGAAGGAUAUCAAACACCCCAUUUGACAGAAAUACAUCAGUUAGGUGGUGAAACUUCAAACUUUAAUGAAAGUCGUCACCAGACAGUGCUGGAAUCUGUUACUUCUACUGACAUAAACUCUGCAUUGUGUAUGACUGAAAUGCAGAGACCAACAAUUCCAAGGCUGUCCAAUGCAGCAUGCUCCAGGAGAGAUGACAGUUCUCUGGAUAAUGACAAUUACUGGCUAGAAAAUUCCCCCAUGCCCUUGUUGUCCUCACAGCCAUCACCGAAGAACAGAUCUCCAGUGAGUUGCCCAAUACCAGCAGAAUAUACUAAUCCAAUUGUACAGAAUUCAGUAAUGACCCAGGAAAUAACACAUGGCUUUGAGGCUCUUACAAUAUGCAAUUCAGAAUUUACAUCAUCAAACUCACAAGAUAUAUUUGCAAGCCCACAUUUAUACUUGAACUUUGAUGGAUCUGGUAAUAACCUACCUUUGUUGGAUGAGAGGCAUGGAACAUUUAUGUCCAGUACCAAGGGUUCACCAAAGAUUUCAAGAUCAACUGACUCUGCAGUUAAUAGCAAAGAACAAAGAAGUCCAUUCCUACAGCGGUCAGGGAAAAAAAAGUAUUCACAUCCUCCACUGCCAGAGAAAAAAAGAAUAUCUGAAGGAGAACAUUCAUUUGGCUCAAUCUCUCCAUCUUCCAGUGGCUUUUCUAGCCCCAACAGUGGUAGUACAAUCAGCAUUCCAUUUCCCAACGUCCUUCCAGACUUUUCCCAAGUAUUAAGUGAAUAUCCAGUUCCAGAAAAUUCUUCAGAUAAGCAUAUGACAGUGAAAUUUGUCCAAGAUACGUCUAAGUUUUGGUAUAAACCAGACAUUUCGAGAGAUCAAGCCAUUGCAGUUCUCAAGGACAAAGAACCUGGCUCUUUUAUUGUUAGAGACAGCCAUUCUUUCAAAGGAGCUUAUGGCCUAGCCAUGAAAGUCGCUACACCGCCUCCAUCUGUGCUGCAUAGUAGCAAGAAAGGUUUGGAUUUGGCGAAUGAACUUGUCAGGCACUUCUUAAUUGAAUGUGUUCAUAAGGGAGUGAGAUUAAAGGGCUGUCCUAAUGAACCAUAUUUUGGUAGUUUGACAGCCCUGGUUUAUCAACAUUCCAUUACUCCACUGGCAUUACCUUGUAAAUUACUUAUACCAGAUAAAGAUCCACUGGAAGAAAUUCCAGAGUCAACACCUCAGACAGCUGCCAAUUCUGCUGCUGAGUUGCUGAAGCAAGGUGCUGCGUGCAAUGUUUGGUAUUUGAAUUCGGUGGAGAUGGAGUCACUUACUGGUUACCAAGCCGUGCAGAAGGCUUUAUCUAUAUCUCAGCUGCAAGAGCCACCUCCCAUCUCAACUGUAGUCCAUUUCAAGGUGUCGGCACAAGGAAUCACUCUAACUGAUAAUCAAAGAAAGUUGUUUUUCAGAAGACAUUAUCCAGUCAACACUGUGAUUUUCUGUGCACUGGAUCCACAAGACAGAAAGUGGACAAGAGAUGGACUUUCUGCAAAAGUUUUUGGCUUUGUGGCAAGGAAGGGUGCAGGCAACCACAACAUAUGUCACCUCUUUGCAGAACAUGACCCAGAACAACCAGCUAGUGCCAUCGUAAACUUUGUAUCAAAGGUCAUGAUUGGCUCUCAGAAGAAAAUGUAAACAUGUUUUUCUUAUGUCAUUUUUAGAAAUUCUCGGUUGGGAUCUGAAAUCUGGUACUGUGAACCAAUUUCUUUUUUAUAUGCCGUCUAAAGUGGACCUUCGAGUACUUACAAGGCUGAAACUUUUUUUAACCUGAUUGAUAUUUUGCAUUUGGUGGUGCCUUACAAUAACUACAUUUCAAGUUUAAAAAAAAAAUCUUAUUCAGCUGUUGAGGAAUUUUACUUUUCAUGCCAAUGCAAUUAUUUUGGGAAAAUUAAGUAAAUCUCUAUUUUCAUAUUUAAAUAGCACUAUUGGACUUUUUUUACUGUAUUUGCUAUAACCUUAUUCCCUUUACCUACCCUAAUAUUUUCAUAUUGUAAUUUUGUAAUUUUCAUAUUGUAAUCUGACCUUAAUAUGGUAUAAAUAUUAAAGCCAGAGCCAUCUCGUGCUUUUCUUUUUAGUUAACAGACACAUUUCACUGUAAUCUUUUUUUACAGAAGAAUAUACGCUAUACUUGUGGAAAACCGUAGUACACGAGUUGCAUUCAAUGUAUCAUUCUUGCAUAUUAGCAGUUUUAUGUAUUUAUUAGUCAAAGCCGCCAUGCCGUAUGCUUUCAAUAAAAAUGAGGAUUAACCCUACUUUUUAAUUGGGUUUAAAGCAUUUGAAAAGUUUAAGUAUGUGACUGUGAAAUGUUAUAUGUACGUAUUUGGCUGAGUUUUAAUAAUGAGUUGUUGUUUUUAUGAAAUAUGUUCUCUGCAUUGCAGCUGCCAAAGUGGUAGCAUACUGCAAAAACCCACCAUCUUCCUAAAAUUCAAAUCCUUAAAGCUACAAUACAUCUACAACACAAUGGCAGAUUUGUUUUUUGGCACCAUAGGUUCUGCGCUGUGUGUCAUGUAUAGGGUUAAUGUACUGGGAAGAUCGGUAUAUUUGCAAGGCAUGCCUCUCGCUAUUCUUGCAGAUAUAUAUGAUUGUGCAGAGAAUUUGGGAUAAGCAAGUGCUGCAGUGCCUCUGCUUUUUAUAAAUCCUUCAAACAGAAAAGUGUAAACUUUUUCCCCCAUUGCCUAACAUUUUAGAAAACAAUAAAUGCAUCAGAUACCCUGUAACCUUUUAAAAUAUGUUACCACGUCAAAUAACAUAAAGCUUUAUGGAAUCUAGUUUAAACUGCUCUACAAUUACUCGGCACAAGACUGAAAAUGUCACCAUCAAUGCAUCCAACAUACUGGCUAACAUGUACUGUAUAUGGGCAUUUAAUUUUAUAUUCUGUUCGUCCUUUUAUAAACAAAGCCUUUCAAAAAAUUCAAACCGGACAUAAACACACUGAUUUUGCAAAUUACAAAGGAAAGACUGGAGAGUUUAAUAGUUAUCAAUUAAAAAAAAAAAAGAGCAGCUCUCUGGUAUGGGGGAAAC